UCUCAUUAAGGUUAGCAUUGCUGAGUUGGAAACUUAGUCCGUGGUUGAAAUGUCGAGGGACACUCUAGUUGUCGGCAGAGUCGUCGGUGACAUCGUGGACCCUUUCGUGAAGUCCGCAUCGAUGAACGUGAUCUAUAACAACAAGAAAGUCACCAAUGGUUCGGAGUUGAAACCUUCCAUGGUGGCCAGGGAGCCUCGCGUGGAGAUAGAAGGAUAUGAUAUUAGCACGCAUUAUACAUUGGUGAUGAUUGACCCUGAUGCCCCCAGCCCCAGUAAUCCAACAAAAAGAGAGCUCCUGCUUUGGUUGGUGACAGACAUCCCUGAAACUACAACUACAAGUUUUGGAAAUGAAGUGGUCUCCUAUGAAAGCCCGAAUCCAACGGCUGGGAUCCAUCGAAUAGUAUUCAUAUUGUUUAGGCAAUCUGUCCAGCAAACUAUCUACGCACCUGGAUGGCGUCAGAACUUCAAUACCAGAGACUUCGCACAGUUUUACAACCUCGGCUCGCCGGUGGCUGCCACGUACUUUAACUGCCAGAGGGAAAAUGGCUGUGGAGGCAGAAGGUAUGUUGCCAGUGGAUGGAGUUGACUUGUUCGUCUGAAUUGUCAAGAAGGUGCACCUAACGGUUUAAGACGCUACGACAGCAGUACAUGUCUGCCUUCUUUAUUUUAAUUUGCUAGUUUAUAUUUCAUACUAAAAAGAGAAGAAAUAUUUGCCAGAUUUUCUACUGUGCUUCGAAGUCCUUCCCAUGGUUCAGAAAAGGUUUCUGGAAUAGCUUAGCACUGCUGUAAGAAAGCUCUUGUUGCCAUUUAAGUG